AAGAGAGAGAUCAGAAACUCCACACGUCCUUAAAACUGAUGCGCGAUUUGAUCUGAUCUCCGUCAGCGCUGGUCACCUGUAUGAGUUUAUUUACACGUGAGAAGGAGAUCUGAGCAGCUCAAGGGACUUUGGACACUUGGAGUUCUUUUGCGCAGGACGCAUGAAACCCUCAUUUCCCGCUGGAGGAUUUUACAGCCGCACUAGAGUUUUUAUCCAUUCUUCUGCAUGAAUCUCUUCGACUCCUACGUGAAGAUGAGCGGCGAGCAGGACAAGAGUCUUUCCGACGCGCCAAGCCCGAGCAUGUCCGAGGAUUCGGCUGGCUCUCCGUGUCCGUCCGGAUCAGGAUCGGAUACCGAGAACACCCGACCCGAGCAAAACCUGAGAGAGUUUAAGAAAGACGAGGAGGGAAAGUUCCCUGUGUGCAUUAGAGACGCAGUCUCGCAGGUUCUGAAGGGUUAUGAUUGGACCCUGGUGCCCAUGCCGGUGCGAAUGAACGGCUCUAGCAAGAACAAACCGCACGUGAAAAGACCAAUGAACGCGUUUAUGGUUUGGGCUCAAGCUGCGCGCAGAAAACUUGCAGAUCAGUAUCCGCAUCUGCACAAUGCCGAACUCAGCAAAACCCUAGGGAAACUCUGGAGAUUGCUGAAUGAGGGAGAGAAGCGCCCAUUUGUAGAGGAGGCUGAGCGCCUUAGGGUCCAGCAUAAGAAAGACCACCCUGACUACAAGUAUCAGCCCAGACGGAGAAAAUCUGUGAAAAACGGACAAACCGAGUCUGAGGAUGGUGAGCAGACCCAUAUCUCUCCCAAUGCUAUCUUUAAAGCCCUGCAACAAGCUGAUUCUCCUGCGUCCAGCAUGGGUGAAGUGCAUUCACCAGCAGACAAUUCAGCAGGUCAGUCCCAAGGCCCUCCCACACCUCCCACAACUCCUAAAACAGAGCUGCCGACCAGCAAAGUAGACUUAAAACGUGAGGGCCGUCCCCUACAAGAGGGCAUUGACUUCGGAGCUGUGGAUAUCGGCGAGCUGAGCAGUGAUGUCAUCUCUAACAUGGAGCCUUUCGAUGUCAAUGAGUUUGACCAGUACCUGCCUCCUCAGGGACACCCAGGGAUUGCAGUCACCAAUGCUGCACAGUCAUAUUCUACAGGCUAUGGGCUCAACGGUCAAGCUGUGGGAGCUACAGCGCACAGCUGGAUGUCCAAACAACAACAGCAGCAUUCGCUGAACACAAUAGCCAGUGGUGGUGAGCCAGGUCAAGGCCAUCAGAGAACCCAGAUCAAGACCGAACAGCUGAGUCCCAGCCACUACAGUGAACAGCAAGGCUCCCCGCAGCAUGUGGCCUAUGGCUCAUUCAGUCUACAGCACUAUAGCACCUCAUACCCCUCUAUCACCCGCACACAGUACGAUUACGCAGACCACCAGAAUCCUGCCAACUCUUACUAUAGUCAUUCAGGUCAAGCCCCAAGCGUCUUCUCUACUUUUAGCUACAUGAGUCCCAGCCAGAGGCCAAUGUACACCCCUAUUGCCGACACAACAGGCGUCCCAUCUGUACCGCAGGCACACAGUCCACAGCAUUGGGAGCAACAGCCAGUCUACACCCAGUUGUCUAGGCCAUAAGAGACUCGGUCACAUCUAGAAACACUCUCACAGCUGGAGUCCCUGAGGCCAGGAGAACUCUGGGAUGCUCUUUAAACGUACUGUACUGAAACGAACAGAAUGGCUCCCGACAGUGCCUUUAAAAUUUUUUUGGAGUUGUGAUUAUAUUUUUCUAGAUAUAAUAAAGCAAAAGAGAAAGCCUCUGUGAGGACAUAUUCAAUAUAA